AUGGCUCGGCCGGAAGUCCCAUUCCUCCUCGCCAACGUGGACGAGCUCGUGCUCGAGUACCUCCUCUUCCGAGGCUUCACAAAGACGUUCCAGACGUUUGCCCAGGAGCGCAAGAAGGACCGGUGUGAAGGCCUCGACGUCGACAAGCUCGUGCAUCAAAUCUUCCUGCACAUCAAGAACGCGGACCUCGAGCGACUCAUGGACCUCUGGAACUUUCUCGAUGCGCGCUUCUUCUGCCACCUCGACAGCGCCUUUGGCUCGGCGAUAGCGCGCCUUCGCACAGCGCUCGAGCGUAGCUACAUCGUACACGUGGUGCAGUCGGGUCAACCAGACAAGGCGAUUGCGUUCUUCAAGCAGUAUGCGUCGACGCACCGGCAUUCGAACGCCGAGAGCGCGGGGUGGCAGCCGUGGUUCAUGCUACCCUACAUGAGCCAGCCCGAAUCCGACCCCUACUUUCGCGAUUUCUUCUCGGCCGAGUGGAUCGACAACUUGGCGCUGACGCUGCGCAACUUUCUCGCAACCGUCUUUCAGGGCAUCCCGCUGCCCAAGCUCCUCGCGUUUCAAAUCGCACAGACAGAAGAGCCCACGCUGCGUCUCCAGCUCGAGUCGUCGCGCGCCGAGUGCCACCAGUUGCGCCUCGAUAUGAAGUUAGCGUACGACAAGAUCAAGCGCGCCGAAGCGUCGAGCCUCGAGCUGCGCCAGCUUUUGCAGAUCGAGACGCACAAGCAGUAUUCUGAGCACUUGCUCGAGUCGCCACCGUCCUCAUCCAGCGUGACAAGCGACGGUACUGUCGAGGCAACAUCCUUGGCGCUCUCGAUGCGUGACGCGCCUCGCGCGCUCGCGCUUUCGCCCAAUCACAAGUAUCUUGCGGUUGCCGGCACCGAGCACGAGCUUGUCCUUUGCGCGACACACCCCUUGGCUGUCGUCGACGUGCCCGCGCUGACACCGUGUCCGUCACGGAUUGUCCACUUCACUUUUCUGUCCGACUCGACGCACGUGCUGUGCGGCCUUGAGAGCGCUGCCUUGUGGCUCGUCUCGACGUCGGGCAGUGCACGCACGAUGGACACGUCGCCGGCAUGCCCUCGCCUCGACGCCGUCGUUCGAACCCGAAGGAAAGGCGACGCGGGCCCCCGCGUGACAAUGGUGCUACUGGCGUCGUCCUCGGUGGACGGUGGCGCGGCCCUCGAGCUCUAUGACGCUACGGACGACGCCAUUGUCCAGACCACGCUGGUGGCAGCGCCGGUUGAGCACGUGUGCGUCACGGAUCAUCUUGUUGUGACGGCGCACCGUGACGUUGUGACGGUCUAUGACGUCUUAUCGCUCACGUCGCUCAGCGUCGUCUCCGAUUCAAUGCUUGCUUCCCGACAUGUCGUGGGUCUUGGUUCCUUCGAGGACUACGGGACGAUCCUUCUCAUGACGCAGCACCAUGUAAUGGAGUUUGCUAUCGACUUGGCGACGUGGUCAUUGCACUGCGUGCGCCAGUCGGAGGUUGCUUCAGACACGCAUUUUCUUGCGACAAGCGGAGACAGCGUGCUCGUCUCGAGUGCCCGCGGUACGCUGGUGCAGGACUGCACAGGAAUGCGCGACGUUCUCUCGACCGAGGCACUGGCCGUGGCUGUAUGGGAUGCCACGUCAGCGUCGUGGGUGGGCGUCGACAACGAUAAGAUCGUAUUUCGCCUGCCGUGGUCUCGGACGGUCCUGCCACUGCAAUAG